AUGGAAGAGGGUGCAUUGCACCCAGAAAACCAGGACAAGGUCAGAGACCCUCAGACAGAGGAUGUCUUUGAGGUUAAAUGUGAGGGUGCUGGCAGGAGUUGCAAGCGCACUUACUCCGACACACAGGACACAGUUGAGAAACAGCAUAAUGAAAAAUGCAGAAGGUUGUUGGACCAUCUUCAACCCAGUGAAGCUGCCCACUGUGGUCCUCCCAGCUCUCACACAAGACAUGCGGACAACCUGAAGAUCAUCAAAGGCUGCAUGGAAGAGCACAUUCAUGGAUGUGAAACAACUCUGUUCCAGCCAAAUCAAUCCAGACAUCCUGUCACAAGACACCAUUCACCAGUCAAAACUGAAAAGAUCUACUCCCCAAAGACACAUUUUGAAACCCAAAAGACAGUUGGAGUGAAUUUUGAAAACAAGAGAACAAGUCACCACCCCCAGCCUGACAUUCUGGGAGGAGCUGAGACCCCAAACUCCAAAAAUUGUGACACCAUCUUCCACAAGAACAUGGUAAAGCCUGGGGGCAAGGAGAAGCCUCUUGAGGAGCAAGAGAAGGACAGCAGCCAAGACCAUGGCCCUGAUAUAACAUCUGACAUGGAGAAGGAAAUCAUGAGUGCACUCGCUCCAGGGCCACAGGAGGACAACCCAAGCAGUGCAUUUAAACUGAACAUUACUCGAGGAGACAUGCAGACUCUACAGGAAAGCCAAUGGCUCAAUGAUGACAUCAUAAAUUUUUAUGUGAACCUGCUCUCUCAAAGAAGCAAAUCACCAGACUAUGCUGCGAUUCACACCUUUAAUACAUUCUUCCAUACGAAACUCAAGUGUCGGGGAUACAGGUCUGUGAAGAGGUGGACCCGGGCCGUGAAUAUCUUUGAAAAGGACAUUGUCCUUGUCCCAAUACACCUGGAGGUCCACUGGAAUUUGGUGGUCAUAGACCUACGACAGAAGACCAUUGCCUACUGGGAUUCCAUGGGACUCAAAAGACCAAGUGUCCUGAGGAUGAUUUUCCAGUACCUGCAAGAAGAGAGCAAAGCGAGAAGGAAUAUAGAUCUGGAUCCUUUGGAGUGGAGGCAACACAGCAUGGCGGCAGAGGAGAUUCCUCUGCAGCUGAAUAAGAGUGAUUGUGGAGUGUUCACCUGUAAAUACGCAGACUAUAUUUCGAGAGGCCAACCCAUAACCUUCUCUCAGAAGCAUAUGCCUCUGUUUAGGAAGAAGAUGGUAUGGGAAAUCCUGCAUAAGUGCUUACUUUAG